CACGUAAAUGUCAGAAGUCAGAACAAUAUUUGUUUUUAAAAGAUGUCUGGAUAUACAAUUAAUAUAUUAAUUGGAGUUACUGGCAGCGUUGCAUCAAUAAAAUUGCCUUUACUUGUCCAAAGUUUAAUCGAAAUUAAUCAGAAUGAACCAGAAUAUUAUUUUGAGGUAAAAGUAGUAUGCACAGAACAUGCAAAGCAUUUCUUCAAAACACCAGACUUACCCCCGACCAUUCCUGUAAUCGAUGAUGCUACAGAGUGGGAGAAAUGGAAGGGAAGAGGGGAUGAAGUAGUUCACAUUGAACUGGGGAAGUGGGCUGAUAUGAUGGUCAUUGCACCACUUGAUGCAAACACACUUGCUAAGAUUUCCCAGGGUAUAUGUGAUAAUGUGCUAACAAGUACAGUGAGAGCCUGGGACUUAUCCAAACCCUUGUUAUUCUGUCCGGCAAUGAACACCAGGAUGUGGGAGCACCCUAUAACUUCUGUACAGCUGACAACAUUGAAGCUGUGGGGGUAUACAGAGAUUCCUCCUAUAAGUAAGACUCUGAUGUGUGGUGACUCAGGUAUGGGAGCCAUGGCAGAGGUAGAUGAUAUUGUCACCAAGAUAAAAUCUACAGCCCAUAGUCUUAAAUUAAAAAAGCUGUGCAAAUAAAACAACAAGUCAUUUGUCAGUUUGUGAAAUUUUAAUUACAAAAGUUCAUGCUUCACUUGCAUGAACUAAGGGACGAAUUGCGAUGUUAUUAUAGUUAAAAAAACCGGAAGUUGGCAUUGUGGCCUAAAUGCAUUUGUUAAAUUUAAUUUUAAAAUUAAGAAAUCUGAGUAACAUUAACCAGAAUUUUAAAUUCCCAUUCAUCUAGUUAAGGUCACCUUUAAAUUUUAAUGGUUCUAAUCUAGACUUAAUCUUUAAAUCUGUACUGUGCACAAUUGGCAGCCAGCCCAUGUUUAAUAUCACUAACACAUUAUCAAAAUUAAGCUUAAUUUGCUAUACUCCACGAAAAGCAGGAGAAUCUGUGUGGUGUAGUUUAUAAUUUCUUCAAUCCUUAUACUCCACACCAAACAGAUCUUCGGCAAUAAAC